AUGCUCUUUGGGUUUGGCCAAUCCGCCGAGGUGCAGAUUAAACUGGCUAAUGAGGAGAAUCGUAAGACUGUGAAAGCCCGCGGUGAAGACGGCAACAUGCACGAUCAUUAUUUGUAUUACGACGGUGAAUCCAUAAUGGGAACUGUACAUGUCAAUUUGAAAAAGGCUAAUCAAAAAUUCGAGCACCAAGGCAUUCGAAUCGAAUUUAUCGGCCAAAUUGAGGUGUAUUAUGAUCGUGGUAACCAACAGGACUUCAUUUCAUUGACGCGAGAAUUGGCAAGACCUGGAGAAUUGACGCAGAAUACUCAAUUCCCUUUCGAAUUUCAUAAUGUUGAAAAGCCUUAUGAGUCAUAUAUGGGAUCCAACGUCAAAUUGAGGUACUUCCUACGUGUUACCGUUGUUCGUCGUAUCACCGACAUCACCAGAGAGCUCGACCUCGCAGUUCACGCUCUGAGCAGUUAUCCUGACAACGAUUCCAGUAUCAAAAUGGAGGUUGGAAUUGAGGAUUGCCUGCAUAUUGAAUUUGAAUAUAACAAGAAUAAAUAUCAUUUGCAAGACGUGAUAGUCGGAAAGAUAUACUUUUUGCUGGUUCGCAUCAAAAUCAAAUAUAUGGAAAUUGCGAUUCUGAAAACGGAAAUCGUCGGCUCGGGUCCAAACACAUUCAAAGAAAGCGAGAAUGUCGCGAAAUUCGAGAUUAUGGACGGCGCGCCGGUCCGGGGAGAAUCGAUACCGAUUCGACUGUUUUUGGCCGGCUAUGACCUGACGCCGACGAUGAGGGACGUCGGCAAAAAGUUCUCGGUGAAGUACUCAUUGAAUCUCGUGCUAGUUGAUGAGGAGGAUAGGCGUUAUUUCAAGCAGCAGGAGGUAACACUCUGGCGAAAAGCCGAUAUCGCUGUGCGAGGUGGCAUCGCUGAAGCGGUCAUCCAGUCGGAAGAUGCGCAAUUUUCCGGAACCCAGAAGUUCACCAAAAAUGAGCCUGAACUUCACCAUCCGGAAUCACCAGAAAUGAAAAGCGGGCGCUCAACGCCGGGAAACAACUCGGAUAGCUCAUCAUAA